UAAAAUCUUCAUGCAGAUCAUCUCAAAAAUCUGUGAUAUGCCGUAUAUGCGCUGGAUAUGCAAUGAGAAAAAAUCAGGGAAAAUUGUUUCAGCAUGUUCCAAAUAUGCAAUCAUGUAUAGCAAGCUUGUUCCAAAUCAGCAAUAAUAUUGCAGCUGGUCUAUUUCGUAUUGAGGCAGUCAAAAGGAUGGAACUUUCAAAUCCAUCUUGUACCUGUUAAAACAUCUAAUCCAUUCACGUCUCUUAUCAGAAUUUAACUUUAAAGUCGGAGAGGUUAAGAGGUGAAAUGGACGUUGCAUUGGAAAUCAUUUUUUGUAAACACUUCAUGAAUGUCGCAAAUCUUUUUUUCUCCAAAGUUUUUGCAGGCAGUUUCUAUUUUUGCAAGAAAUGACGACGCAAUUUCACAAAGACCAUAUUUGAAACCGGCCUAACCCUGCGUAGCCUCUGAGAGCACGACACCGUACAGAAGCUUUUCAAAAAGCUAUUCUCGAGACUAAUGACUACGGGAGAUGUUUAGGAAUCAAAUCCACAAAAUUUCGAAUACUUUUGAUGUAAAUUCGUGCUGUGAUUAGUUGCUAGUAAACGCCACAUCUGUAUGUAAACAAAGGCCCAGGAAAUUUUUUUCACCCAAAUUCUCUCCCCAGUCUCUUCAAGCAAAAUAAGCGCGCGGAUAUCGAAAAGGGGUAUUUAAGGAUCGAGUUGGUCUCUCGGCGUACCCUAUGGCAGGACAUGCUCUUCAGAAUGAUCAUGACUACGGACCCUACGGACCCUGCGGACCCUACGGACCUUACGGAACCUACGGACCAAGACGGGGAACGGCAGUAGUAUAAUAACAAUUUUGUUCCGAUCUUUACUAGUAUAACUUAUAAUUAGCAAAACCUAGAACAAAUGGCAACAGUUUUCUUACGAAAUACAUACCUCAAGCAACGCUUUAUAGUCAAACUAUCAAAAGUCUGGGACAUAUACCUUUUAUUUUACACAUUCUAGAAUGGUGUGUUAUUGAAACCCUGUGUUUUGCUUCACCUUAGAAUCGUUGGCGUGGGCCCAGUGAGAGAAUUAGUAUAACUAAAAAAUUGCCAUUGAAGCGUCCAUUUUGUUCCUAUGGUUUCAACCACAUUUCUAUACAAAGCUCUACCUGAUAUUAUCGAGCGUGAAUAACUAUUUAUAUACAAAUCUUUACCUGAUUUGACCGUGUGUGGCAGGUAUUGCUUCAUCUGGGUUGAGGCGGAUUCAUGUUUUUCUGCCUUACCUGAUUUUAUUAAAAAUUGGAGGGUUCAAAAUCGGUUCUAAAUCCAAUCUGAGAUCAGGUGAUAACAUGCAGUUGUUACACGUCUACUUGCUAAUAGCAAUGGUGUUCAUCGCAAUUGUGACCUUUUUGAUGAAAUCAAUGGAAAUGCAGAUGAAAACUCAACCGAGCUUUAGAAGAAUCUUUCCAUUAAGAAACCCUUGGGAUGGCGUUCCUGAGUUUGUGCUAUACUUGAGAUUAACCUCUAAUCCGCGUUUUGAGCAAGAGUAUAAAAAUUAUUUGGUUCGCACUAUGAAGCUUUUCUUUCCACCCGAACGAGCAAAACUUUUAGUUGUAUUGGACAACGAAAAGAAAGAAGACCAUUUGCUUGGGGACAAAAUAAAAACAGAAUGGCCAUAUCCACAAAUAUGCUACAGAGAUCCAAGUUCCAUCAAUGCAUACCGCGGAUGGGGCAAGGCCAGAAUGUUUUGGGACAUGAUGUAUCCCGAUAAAUGUACCAAUGUAUCUUAUGUGGGGUAUGUCGAUACUGAUACAUUUUUCAGCACCUUAGUAACACCACAGUUGUUAUUUGACAAUGGAAAACCAAUUAUUAUUGCAAAAAUUGGCCAGGUUCCGUACCAAUGUUGGGCUGAAACAACAGAGUUGUUUCUCGGCAAAAAAGAAGUUAUGCAAUGCAUGUCAACUUUCCCUGUUAUGAUAAAAACGGAGCAUAUGAUAGAAAUGAGAGAGGUCCUUGCAAGAAAUCACAGCAUGGAUUUUGAUUCAGUUUUUAAAAACACUCCACGUCAAAUGCAUUGUCUUUGUCAGUUUAGUAUCAUGUGCAAUUAUGUUUGGUACUAUCACAGAAAUGAGUACUCAUGGCGCUUGCAGAUGGUCCCAAAUGGUGACUGGAGAGGAGAAAAUUUGCUUGCUAGUCAAGUGUCGUCAGAUUAUUAUCGGACUAACGUACCCCCAGAGAUGACGAUACCAAUGCCGCGCUCAUCAAUUCACCUGAGGUACACAAUAACAAACGGUCAGUCCUAUCUUUCAGACGUUCCUCCAAAGGAAUAUAUCGAAGAUUUUAUUAAAGAAGGACUUUGUUACUCAGCUGGAUUUGAUGUCUGUCCGGAAAGUUGCAAAAAAUGGAACCAGGCAAAGAUACAUUACCAUCUUUAUUCGUUUGAAUUCUAUCAAUGGUUUUGGGACAAAAGGUGCAAGGAAGAGCAAGACAAGCAUUACAGAAACGUCAAAGAGCUAGUUCGUUACUAUGCUUCUUUAAAGAUGGAAGUUUUUGGAUUUUCGUCUCUAGAUCAACUUUGUACCCUAUUAUGAAAAUAUUUAGUUAUUUACCAUUUGACGGCGACAAA